AUGCCGAGCCCUGAGCACGCAGCUGCGAUUGGUGCCCUUAAUAAAGAAAUGCGGCGAGAUCUCGACUCGAUGGGCCAUGGUCUGUCUGACGCGAUCAUAGACUAUCCAGGGGGCAGCACCCGUCCCCAAAACGGCAAAGGAAAAGAUGCUGAUAUUCCUCCAAAGUCCCCUAACCCUGUCCUGGCCAAUAGCAAGCCCACUCGCAAGUGCAAGCGUGCCUCAACUGGUGGCCAACCUGUCCAGCUCCCUCCAUUGGACCACAAGUUCACCGGACUUGUGUGCCACGUGAACGGCAAUACGGUUCUUCUCAUCGUCAAAAAAAGCCCUCGAACUUGGAAGAGAUGUUGUUGA